GUUUUUAUGAAACCCAUUAUUCUAAAAUCAAUGUUUUUGAACCUUCGGAAUUUGAAGCAGAUGCAAAUUUUAAAUCCUUUAUUCCUGCCGGAAUAAAUAUUUCAAUUUCGUUUUCACAGCUUUUGACAGUCAAUACUGUUGCUUCUGACCCUAAUCAUUCCGGAAAUGACAAUGAAUCAAAAACGUGUCCACGGGCUAUGCUUUCGGCUACUUCUGAAUGUGAUAUAAAAGGUCAGAUGACUUUUUAUCAAGAUGUAAAGGGAAAUACUUGGCUUACUGGUACUUAUCAGUACGGAUUUCAAGAUCCAACCAUUUGGAAUUACGAUUGGACUAUUCAAAAUGGUUGUGGAGAAAUUCUUUUUAAUCUCACCUCUUGUCUCGAUAUGGAGUUCAUUAAGGAUAGUGGAUGUAAUGGUUAUUCUUCUGAUGAUUCGAAUAAAAAAGAUUCAAAAAAAGAUUCCAAAAAGAGAGGUGGUUAUCUUAAUAAGAGGCAUAAAUUUGGUACCUUUGAUGAAAAAUGUGAUAUUGGACCUUGGGGAACCAAACCGUGGGUUAUUAAAGUUGAUGAUUUAACUUGGGAUUGUGAAAAAGAUGGUAUUAAGUAUCAUACAUGCAAUGAUAAAGAUAUCUACAAUGACAAAGUCGCGGAUCAUGAUGAUGAACUUCCAAGUCGACUUGAUGAUCAAGGUCCAAAAACUGGCUUGUAUCUCGUAAUAAAUGGUGAAAGUAAAUCAGGAAAGCGUGAUAACAGUCAAUCUGUUGCUGAAAUUAACAUUAAUGAUUGCGGCGAACCUGCUUCAUCACUACCUACAUCUCCACCUCCAUCACCACCUCCACCACAUACUCCUACUCCACCACCAACUCAUCCACCUCCAUCACCACCUCCACCAUAUACUUCUUCACCAUUUGAAACUACAAGAGUGACUGUAACAGUUACAAUGACUGAAAGACAUCCGAGAACAACAUAG